AUGCAAAGUAUGGACAAGGAUGUGCAGAAGGAGGCACUGGCAAAGGCACCACCAUCCCCUUCAUCAGACCCGCCACCAUAUGAGUCAGUAGCGGUAUUAUCAACGCCAGUGCAUGAACAACUUCAGGGUAAACGUAUAAUACUUGCAUCCUCAUCACCGAGGCGCAGGCGGUUAAUUGAGCAAAUGGUAUGGGUAUUUUUGCGUUCUGACUUUAUUAUACAGGGUUUUUGCAAUGUUGAAGUACAGUUACCUGACUUGGAAGAACCAGUGAAUCCAUCUGAUCGUAUACCCUGGGAGUUUUGUGUGGAUAUGGCCAGCCGUAAGGCACUGCGUGUUUAUGAAUCACAGGUAAAUACGUCUCCACCGCCUGCAUUGGUAGUAGCCGCAGAUACCGUGGUAUUAUCAGGUGCUUUGAUUCUUGGGAAGCCUCGAUCACAGUCAGAACAGUUGGUAACACUACGGCGGCUGCGUGAUAGCAAGCGCCCACAUAAGGUUUUUACAGGUGUUGCAGUAAUCGUGCCUUUACGGGUGCCAAUUCAUCCAGGAUACAAUCUUCGUACACAUGUAGAGGAGUCAGAAGUGACGUUUGAUGCAUCUGUGUCAGAUGAAUUUCUUGAAGCGUAUGUUCGUUGUGGUGAGGGUAUAGACAAAGCAGGUGGUUAUGGUAUUCAAGGAUAUGGUGCAUUACUUGUUGAAUCGAUAAGCGGUGAUUAUACUAAUAUCAUUGGCCUUCCAGUGCGUUCUACUUUUAAGCUAAUUGAAAAGACACUAAACGAAGACUUAUAUGAUAAUCUUCCAGACCAUAUGAUCUAGCUUUGGAAUUAAUAAUUUACCAUUCAAGAUUAUUAUAGAUUUAAUAACCAUAGGA